GUCGUUAGCUGCGCAGCUGCAUAGGGAUUUGUAGUCGUAUAAAUAGCAAACGAUAAUGGCCAGAACAGAAGAUCAGAGGUUCACCGUCAGUGAGAGUAUGACCAUUGGAUUUAUUGGAGCUGGCCGAAUGGCGCAAGCUAUGAGUCGAGGCUUUAUCUCAAAAGGAGUUGUCAAGCCACACAAGAUAAUGGCCAGUGAUACAGUCCCACAGAUGUUAGACUGUAUCAAAGAACAAGGUGUCAGAAUCUCCAGAAGUAACCUUGAGAUCGUUGAAAACAGUGACCUAAUUAUCAUAGCCGUCAAACCUCACGUGGUGUCCCCAAUUCUACAAGAGGUGUCUAGUAAAGUGACGCGUGAGAAGCUUUUUCUGUCCAUAGCAGCAGGAGUCACGCUGGAAACACUGGAAAAAAAUCUUCCGUCACAAACACGAGUGAUCCGUGCCAUGCCUAACACCCCCGCCCUUGUACAGACGGGGGCCACGGUCAUCGCCCCGGGGUCAUCAGUGCUCCAGGGGGACAGGGAGCUCAUCCAGGGGCUGUUCCGGACCAUUGGUAUCUGUGAGGUGGGGACAGAAGAACAGCUGGACGCGGUCACGGGGCUGAGUGGGAGCGGGCCCGCCUAUGGUUUCCUGGCGAUUGAAUCUCUGGCUGAUGGGGGUGUUAAGAUGGGACUACCUCGUGACCUCGCCCAAAAGCUAGCCGCUCAGACAUUACUGGGGGCUGCAAAAAUGGUGCUUGAAUCAGGGAAACACCCGGGACAACUCAAGGACGAAGUGUGUUCACCAGGGGGUACCACUAUAGCUGCCAUACACAAAUUGGAAGAGACCGGCUUCCGAUCGUCGUUAAUUACAGCAGUAGAGACCGCCACAAACCGAGCGAAGGAACUCGGAGUUAUAGAGAGCCAGAAACAGCAGACCGUGUUACUACGGGAACAGCCAAAUGUAGAAAGCAGCAGUAGUCAGCCCCUGAGGGUCACACAGUGAGGGGAGGGGAUCUCAAAGACCAUCCCCAGCAUUCCUGCCCUCUCCAAGCUCUGUACUGGUAUAUAUCUGAUUGAGAGCUUGGUGCGACUACGCCAAAAUAUAAUUUGUGGGGUUAGUUUUGUUCAUUUUUGUUUUGAAUAAUUAUUUAUGUCACAAGAAUUUUCAGAAGAUUAUUUGAAUUAUCAAAAUUUUUAUCAUCACUCAUACAUAUAUUAUUUUUCAUCAUCAAUAAAUUGCAUUCAUACUUUAAAAAGAAGGAUUGCUAACACCAGAUACUCUGUCACAUAAUCCAGUCAAUGAAUUGCAUAUGAAAAUAGAACAGUUAUAACGUUAUUUGAUUUUGGAAGUGUACAAAUCUGUGUUUGACGUAGUUACAGAAACUACACUCAGGGUACGACUUUAUGAUUUUAAAUGUUAAGAACAUUUAAGAAUUUGUUCCUUGUUUAAAUGUUGGUCUUGUGUUCAGAGGUCUGUUGCUGAUUUAUGGUUGUAACUUUUGAUUUGAACAUGUUUUAUUGUAUACCGUAUAUAUGAUACAUUUACAUAUACAAAUGGUUAGGACACAGGUUCUGACAACUUACGAGGUCUUUACCCUUGUAACUUUUGUCAGACUUUCAUGUACUGUGGAAUCAUUAGAAUUCGUGGUGGCUCAAUUUUCGUGGUAUUCGUGGAUAUCCAUCUCCCACAAAUUUAAAUCCUCCACGAAAACAUAUUUUGAAAGUUUUAUUUUUUUACUGAAACUGAAAACUGACGCUUCCACGAAAUUACAUCCCCAUGAUCCAGCAAAAAACCCACAAUCCACGAAAAUUGGCGCCCACUAAUUUAAAUGAUUCCACAGUAUGCUGAAUCCGUAGGUGGAUUCAAAGUCUGUUCUGUUUUUGUUUGCAAUUACAAAAAUAAUUGGCAACAUGUAUACCAGGUCUAUUUUUUACGUCAGGUACAUGAUGUUAGACAAGUGUGUGCUACACUCUAAAAUUUAAACACAAUAGUUCUGAAUGUAAUAAUUAGUGCUAGCAUGCAUUUGAUGAUUGUUAAGUGCGAAUCAGCAUAAUGUUAAUUAUUACAUGUAUUUGUAUUCAAGUCCCAAGGCAUUAAAUGAAUGUGUGAAUCUCUAUUGAAAGCACUGAAAUGUCACUGAAAACCUCUGUUGUAUAUGAACAAAUAUUAUCAGGCAUGUACUUGUAUUAAUUAAGUUGUAUAUAAUAUAUUAAAUGUACUGUACAGAAAAAGAAUUUAAUUUCAAUACAAGUUUUAAGUAGAUAUUUGUAAACAGAUGUGAAUACAUUGUAUUACAAGUCAUUGAUUGUGACUUGUUGCUAUGCAUGUCAUCUCUGUAUGAACUUUAUCCUGUUCAGAGUUUGCCAACAUAAACUACCAAGACAAAGUCAAAGGAAGUUAUAUCUCGAUCUAAUAACAAAAAAAUUAAUAAAGUUUUUGAGAUUGA